AUGUUCUCUUGCGCAAACUACGAGCGCGGCUGCCGCGGUCGCUGCAACUCCCCCCAGGGCCGUUGCUCCUCCUGCAUCACCCUCAACCUCCAGGCCAUCCGCACGCCCAGCACCUCCUCGGUCAGCUCGACCUCGUCGACCUCUCCCUACUCGGCAUUGACCAUGUCCUUUGCCUCUCUCUCGCAACUGCCCAAGGGCAGGUGCUGA